CCAUGAAAAAAAGAAAACCCUUAGAAUCGGAAAAACGGACUCACAAAUGUCUCCGUUUUAAUUCCGUUAAAAGCGCAUGAAAUCGCCGGAACCUCCUCUCAACGCACCCCCCCCCCGUGUCUAAAUCCAUCGCGCAAAGUGGUACAAUCAAACCGAGCCACGGCUGCAAGGGGGGUUUAUGCACUUUUUCACGACUGAGGGAAACACAACGCCGGGGAGGAAAAACACUCCAACAAUUGACGGCCCUGGUUCUAUGUUUCCCCAAGUGUCUACGAAAUGUCUACGAAGGCAGAGCAGUUUGCCUCUAAGAUACGAUACUUGCAAGAGUAUCACAACCGAGUUCAGCACAAUAUUUACCCGGUGCCCUCCGGAACUGACAUUGCAAACACACUGAAAUACUUUUCCCAAACCCUGCUCAGCAUUCUGUCCCGCACAGGCAGGAAGGAGAACCAGGAAGCUUCCAAUUUGGCCGUGCCCAUGACCAUGUGUCUUUUUCCUGUGCCAUUCCCACUCACCCCAUCUCUAAGACCACAAGUCAGUUCCAUCAACCCUACAGUUACUCGCUCCCUCCUUUACAGCGUUCUGCGCGAUGCCCCGUCAGACCGCGGGGGGCAGGGGCAGCAGAGUCGGGACGCUCAGCUCUCAGAGUACCCCUCUCUGGACUAUCAGGGCCUCUAUGUGACCCUCGUGACCCUGCUUGACCUGGUGCCCCUGCUGCAGCACGGUCAGCAUGAUCUGGGACAGUCCAUAUUUUACACAACAACUUGCCUCCUGCCAUUUCUCAGUGAUGAUAUUCUCAGCACUUUGCCCUAUACUAUGAUCUCCACCUUAGCCACAUUUCCCCCUUUCCUCCACAAAGACAUCAUUGAGUACCUGAGCACCUCUUUCCUCCCUAUGGCUAUAUUGGGCUCCACUCGGAGGGAGGCCGGAGUCCCAGCCUAUGUUAAUCUGUCUGCAUCCUCUAUGCUCAUGAUUGCAAUGCAGUACACCUCAAACCCAGUUUAUCACUGUCAGUUACUGGAGUGUCUAAUGAAGCACAAACAGGAAGUGUGGAAGGACCUUCUUUAUGUCAUUUCCUAUGGCCCAUCCCAAGUAAAGCCCCCAGCUGUGCAGAUGCUGUUUCAUUACUGGCCUAACCUGAAGCCACCGGGAGCCAUCAGUGAAUACAGAGGGCUGCAGUACACAGCCUGGAACCCCAUCCACUGUCAACACAUUGAGUGUCAUAACGCCAUCAAUAAACCUGCCGUCAAGAUGUGUAUAGAUCCAACUCUUUCUGUUGCCCUGGGAGACAAGCCGCCUCCUCUUUACAUAUGUGAGGAGUGCAGUCAGAGGAUAGCAGGUGACCACGCUGAAUGGCUUGUUGAUGUGCUCCUGCCCCAAGCAGAAAUAUCUGCCAUUUGUCAAAAGAAGAACUGCAGCUCUCAUGUUAGGAGGGCCGUGGUCACCUGCUUCUCAGCCGGCUGCUGCGGGCGCCAUGGCAACCGGCCCGUCCGCUACUGCAAGCGUUGCCAUGUCAACCAGCACAGCAGCGAGGUGGGGGCUGCGGCGGAGACCCAUCUGUACCAGACCUCGCCCCCUCCCAUCAACACGCGCGAGUGCGGCGCCGAGGAGCUGGUGUGCACUGUGGAGGCCGUCAUAAGCCUCCUGAAAGAGGCAGAAAUCCACGCGGAGCAACGGGAGUUUGAGCUGAACAGGCGCCGUCAGAUGGGCCUGUCCGCCUCCCACCACUCGCUGGACAACAUUGAGUUCGACAACAAAGAGGACGACCAGCACGACCAGCGCCUCCUCAGUCAGUUCGGCAUCUGGUUCCUGGUGAGCCUGUGCACCCCCAACGAGAACACGCCCACCGAGAGCCUGGCGCGGCUCGUCAGCAUGGUCUUCCAGUGGUUUCACUCCACCGCCUACAUGAUGGACGACGAGGUCGGCAGCCUGGUGGAGAAGCUCAAGCCUCAGUUUGUCACCAAGUGGCUGAAGACAGUGUGCGAAGUGCGCUUCGACGUCAUGGUCAUGUGUCUGCUGCCCAAACCUGUUGAAUUUGCCAGGGUGGGCGGAUACUGGGACAAGUCAUGCACCACAGUGACCCAGCUGAAGGAGGGUCUGAACCGGAUUCUGUGCCUGAUUCCAUACAACGUCAUCAGUCAGCCGCUGUGGGAGUGCUUCAUGCCCGAGUGGCUGGAGGCCAUUCGCACGGAGGUGCCGGACCUGCAGCUGAAGGAGUUCCGGGAGGUGCUCAGCAAGAUGUUUGAUAUCGAGCUGUGUCCCCUGCCCUUCUCCAUGGAGGAAAUGUUUGGCUUCAUAAGCUGCAGGUUCUCUGGCUACCCAGCGUCUGUACAAGAGCAGGCCUUGCUGUGGCUUCACGUUCUGUCCGAGCUGGACAUUGUGGUUCCCCUCCAGCUUCUGAUCGGGAUGUUCUCCGAUGGCGUGAACUCGCUGAAGGAGCUGGCCAAUCAGAAAAAGGCCCGGGCCUCGGACCUGGCUGGCAGCGCCCGAGGCCGCAGGGUGAGCGUGGUGUCCGACCCAGGACGCCGCGGGCAGCACAACACCCUCAGCCCGUUCCCCAGCCCCUUCAGGAGCCCGUUCCGCAGCCCCCUUCGCUGCAGCCCCUUUAAAAACCUGGGUCACGCCGCCGGCCACUGCGCCCUGGACCUGGACUGCGACGACGACGACAUGAACCUCGGCUGCUUCAUCCUCAUGUUCGACCUCAUCCUCAAGCAGAUGGAGCUCCAGGACGAUGGCGUGAUGCUGGGGCUGGACAGCAGCCUGGGCAAGGACAUCGUGGGCAUCAUCAACAACGUGUUCCAGGCCCCGUGGGGCGGCUCCCACACCUGCCAGAAGGACGAGAAGGCCCUGGAGUGCAGCCUGUGCCAGUCCAGCAUCCUGUGCUACCAGCUGGGCUGCGAGCUGCUGGAGAGGCUGACCCCCCGGGAGGAGAUACGCCUCGUGGAACCGACCGAUACUUUGGAGGAAACGCUGAUCGCGCCUCCGCCGGACUUCUCCCUCGGGGUGGAGAACGGAAGCGAGGAGGGAGAGAACCCGAGCGGCACGGCCGCAGACAACCCCAGCGUCCAGUCCCCCAACAACGCAGCACCUGCCUUAAAGAACAACUCUGAUAAGAAGUUCUCGUACCAGCAGCUCCCUGUGUCUCUGAAGCUUAUCUACACCGUUCUGCAGGAGAUGUCAAAGUUUGAGGAGCCUGACAUCUUGUUCAACAUGCUCAACUGUCUGAAGAUCCUGUGUCUCCACGGAGAGUGUUUGUACCUUGCACGCAAGGAUCACCCACAGUUCCUGGCCUACGUCCAGGAGAAGAUGCUCAUCCCGUGCCUGUGGUCCAUGUUGAAGUCAGAGUUCUGCCAGUUGGCCUCGCUGGCUGUGCCCCAGCUCCUUCACGCCCUCUCCUUGUCCCACGGAGCCGACAUCUUCUGGAACCUCAUCAACACCAACUUCAACAGCAAAGACUGGAAAAUGCGAUUUGAAGCAGUGGAGAAGGUGGCGGUGCUGUGCCGCUUCCUGGACAUCGGCGCCGUGACCAAGAACCACCUGCUGAAGUACUCGCUGGCCCACGCCUUCUGCUGCUUCCUGGCCGCCGUGGAGGACGUGAACCCCGCGGUGGCCACGCGGGCCCGGCUCCUGCUGGACACCAUCAAGAGGCCGGCCCUGCAGGGCUUGUGCCUCUGCAUGGAUUUCCAGUUCGACACUGUCGUGAGGGACCGGCCCGUCAUCCUCAGCAAACUGCUGCUUCUGCACUUCCUGAAGAAAGACGUUCCCGCGCUCAGCUGGGAGUUCUUCGUCAACCGCUUCGAAACGCUGUCCCUGGAGGCUCAGCUGCACCUGGACUGCAACAAAGACUUCCCCUUCCCCACCACCAUCACGGCGGUGCGCACCAACGUCGCCAACCUCAGCGACGCGGCCAUGUGGAAGAUCCGACGGGCCCGUUUCGCCAGGAACCGCCAGAAGAGCGUGCGCUCCCUCCGCGACAGCGUGAGGGGAGGCCAGGCCGAGUCCAAACGGGCCUUUUCCCUCCCCGAGUCCCUGAGCAACCGCCUCCCUCUAAGGCUUACGAGGCAGGAGCACUCUGCCCCGACACUGGGAGAUAUGCUAGAGAAAGUCCUGCCAGCUCGUUUCCUCCCGCACUUUAACCCUGACGCCUCAGCCCCUCUCGCAGGCCAGACCCCGUCCCCCGAGGACGACACCGUCAUCCGCGACCUGCUGCCCGAGGACGCGGGCAUAGAUCACCAGACGGUCCACCAGCUCAUCAUGGUGCUAAUGAAGUUCAUGGCCAAGGACCAGAGCAGCGCCGAGGCCGACAUCGGCAGCGCCAAGGCCUUCAACACGGUCAAGCGCCACCUGUACGUGCUGCUGGGCUACGACCAGCAGGAGGGCUGCUUCAUGAUCGCGCCGCAGAAGAUGCGCACCUCCACCUGCUUCAACGCCUUCAUCGCUGGCAUCGCACAAGUGUUGGACUACAACAUUGGUUUAGGGAAGCAGCUGCUCCCCCUGGUGGUGCAGGUGCUGAAGUACUGCACGUGUCCUCAGCUCCGGCACUACUUCCAGCAGCCGCCUCGAUGCUCCCUCUGGGCCCUGAGGCCACACAUUAGACAGAUGUGGCUCAAGGCCCUGCUGGUUAUCCUCUACAAGUACCCGUACAGAGACAUGGAUGGCAGCAAAGUGGUCCUGCACCUGAUCCACAUCACCAUCAACACCCUGAACGCCCAGUAUCACAGCUGCCGGCCCCACGCGACCGCAGGACCCCUGUACAGCGACAACUCCAACAUGAGCCGCUACAGCGAGAAGGAAAAGGAAGAGGACAGUGUUUUUGAUGAGUCAGACGUACACGACACACCGACCGGCGCCGCCAACAAGGAGUCGCAGACCUUCUUCGCUCGCCUGAAACGGAUCGGCGGCAGCAAAUCCGUGAAGUAUCAGCCCGUGGAGCUGAACGCCAAGAAAAGUGAGAUCGAGCUGUCCGAGUACCGGGAAGCCAGCGCCCUGCAGGACAGCAUCCUGCACUGCGUGAGGGAGGAGAGCACCCGCAAGAAGCGUCUGCAGGCCAUGCACAAGCAGAAGUCCCUGGACAUCUCCAACACCGACUCCAUCCUGUUCAACCUGGACGAGCACAGGCGCAAGUCCUGCAUCGACCGCUGCGACCUGCAGGCGCCGCCUGUGAUCCUGCCCCCGUCGCUGGCCGCCGCGCGCGGCCGCCAUCACGGCAAAGGGUCCUCGGACGGCUCCUCGGUGCGGGUGGAGGGGGUGGAGCCUGUGGAUCGACGGGGCUCCCGCGGCGGCCAUUCGGACAUCUCCAAACCCGUCAUCCCGGAGGUUCGGCUCAGCUGCAUGGAGACCUUCGACGACAAGAUGGACCAGGGCUCCCUCGUGGGAUCGCUUCAGGAGAAGGAGGACCAGGACCUCAUCGACCUGUCCUCCGACUGCACGUCCAUACCGGAAAAGCACUCGCUGCUUUCCAUGUCCGACAGCGACUCCUUGGUGUUUGAGCCUCUACCGCCUUUGAGGAUCGUGGAGAGCGACGAGGAAUUUGACCUCAACACCGUCACCAGCUCCAGGUUCAACGGGAGUCCGAAGGUGACGGCCUCUCCCGCCAGCAGCAGCACCCUGAGGCUGUCCCCGGUGGUCCAGGUCAGCGUGGAGGACUGUUCCAGUGACAAAAGCACGGAUCUGCUGGGAGAAGGAGGCUCAGAGAAAGGCUUUGCAGAAAGGAAGCCGCACCGUCUGACCCCCAGCCCGUCUCUGGAGCUCCCCGACCGCCAGGAGAACCCCUGCAACGAGAGCCCCAUGACCCUGAAACAGAAGCGAGACCUGCUGAGAAAGACGCCGCACGUGCCCGACACCUCCUUAGACGACGCCUCUCUGGCGCCCGAGGGGACGGGGACGGGGGCGGGGGCGGGGACGGGUCCCUCCGAUCGCAGCGUCUUCCUCAACAUCCCCGAGGACCAAGCGGAGCCACUCUCGUCCCCGGAGAAGAGCAAGAGCAACAGCAACGGCGAGGAAGAGGAGGACGGCGACGACGAAGAGGACGACGACAUGGGCGACGACGCCGACAGCGAGCCCAAGCCCGAGAACGCGGGCGACAACGACGAGGCCGAGUUCAAGAUUCAGAUCGUGCCUCGGCAGCGGAAGCAGAGGAAGAUAGCGGUCAGCGCCAUUCAGAGGGAGUACCUGGACAUCUCCUUCAACACGUUUGACAAGCUGGGGGGCGAGCAGGCCGCCGAGACGGAUCACAAGGUUUUAUCCACAUUGGAGAAGCCACGAGAAUCGGCCUCCGCUCCAACGCUUGAAGCUGCCAUUCCGGAGACGAGCCACCGCUCCUCAGUAUCAACUCAGUACCGGCAGGUGAAGCGAGGCUCUCUGGGAGCUCUGACCAUGAGUCAGCUGAUGAAGAGGCAGCUGGAGCAUCAGUCCAGCGCGCCGCAUAACAUCAGCACCUGGGAGACGGGUCCCACAAAAACGAGCCUCCUCUCUGCACCAAGCACCGUCAGCAUGUUCGUCCCGGCCCCGGAGGAGUUCAUCGACGAGCAGCCCACGACCAUGUCUGACAGAUGCCGGGACUGCGCGGCCGUGCUGGAGGAGUACGACGAGGAGACGCUGAGCCUCGCGGUGGUGGUUCUGUCCAUGUUCAUUCACCUGAGCCCUGACCUGGCGGCUCCCAUGCUGCUCGACAUCAUGCAGUCCGUGGGCAGGUUGGCAUCCAGUGCCAAUUUCUCCGGACAGGCCGAGAGCAUGCUGAUCCCAGGCAACGUGGCCGGCGUGGCCAAGCAGUUCCUCCGCUGCAUGUUCCACCAGCUGGCCCCUAAUGGCAUCCUGCCGCAGCUCUUCCAGAGCAACAUCAAAGACGGAAGCUUCCUGCGCACGCUGGCGUCGGCGCUGAUAGAUUUCAACGAGCUGAGCUCUGUCGCUGCCCUCAACAUGCUGCUGGAGGGCCUGAACAACAAGAAGAGUCUGCCAGCAGGGGGCACCAUGCUGCACUGCCUGGACAACAUCGCCACCUUCAUGGAGGCUCUGCCCAUGGACUGCCCCAGCAACCUGUGGACCACCAUCUGCAACCAGUUCCAGACCUUCCUCACCAAACUGCCCUCGGUGCUUCCUCUGAAGUGUCCCAUGGAUCCCAGCUUGAGGAUUAUCAUUUGUCUUUUGAAGAUACCGACGACAAACGCUACCCGGAGCCUCCUGGAGCCCUUCUCCAAGCUGCUGAGUUUUGUCAUCCAGUACGGCAUCUUCAGCCUCUCCUACCUUGUGGAACUGUGCGGACUGUGCUACAAAGCCUUCAAUAAGGAGAGAGAUAAGUUCUACAUGUCCCGCAUUGUGGUGCUGGAGCUUCUGCAGGCGCUCAAGUUCAAGACGCCUCUGCCCGACACCAACUUGUUACUCCUGGUCCAGUUUGUCUGCGCAGACAUUGGCACGCGACUCGCAGAAUCCACCAUCAUCCAAAAGCACAUGAUCUCGACUCUGCCGGGGUGCACGACGGCGGCUAUGGAGUGCAUGCGGCAGUACAUCAGCGAGCUCCUGGACUUCAUUGCAGACAUGCACACGCUAACCAAGCUGAAAAGUCACAUGAAGGCUUGCUGCCAGCCGCUGCACGAGGACACCUUCGGAGGGAACCUGAAAGUGGGCCUGGCACAGGUCGCCGCCAUGGAGAUCAGCAAAGGAAAUCACCGUGACAACAAGGCCGUGGUUCGUUACCUCCCCUGGCUUUAUCAUCCACCGUCCACCAUGCAGCAAGGGCCCAAAGAGUUCAUCGAGUGUGUGUCCCACAUCCGUCAGCUGUCCUGGCUCCUCCUGGGGUCCCUCACACACUGCUCCCUGCACCAGGGCUCCACCUCCUGCAUGCCCAUCCCCCUCGAUGCCGGCUCCCACAUCGCGGAUCAUCUGAUUGUCAUCCUCAUCGGCUUCCCAGAACAGUCCAAGACGUCCGUGCUGCACAUGUGCUCUCUGUUCCACGCCUUCAUGUUCGCCCAGCUGUGGACCAUCUACUGCGAGCAGGCGGCUGCCGCGCCGUCCCUGCAGAACCAGAAUCAGACCGAGUUCUCCUCCAGCGCCAUCCUCACCGGCCUGGAGUUCUGGAGUCGGGUCACGCCCAGCAUCCUGCAGCUCAUGGCGCACAAUAAAGUGAUGGUGGAGAUGGUGUGUCUUCAUGUCAUUAGUUUGAUGGAGGCUUUGCAGGAGUGCAACUCAACUAUCUUUGUCAAGCUCAUUCCUAUGUGGCUGCCCAUGAUCCAGUCAAACCUAAAGCACCUCUCCGCGGGGCUGCAGCUGCGUCUCCAGGCCAUCCAGAACCGGGUCAACCAUCAGAGUCUGCAGGGCCAGACGCCGGGCGCUCCUCCGUUUGCGCUGCGCAAGUGGCUGCAGUGCACGCAGUUCAAGAUGGCUCAGGUGGAGAUCCAGUCGUCUGAGGCGGCCUCACAGUUCUACCCCAUGUGACCAUGUGACCUCAGGCCGGACCCGCUCCUCAGAGCCUGCAGCCGCUCUAGCUGGACACAAGGACUCCUGUGUGAACUGAUGCUGUGGAUGGUUCCCUUGAAAUGAAUCAUUUUAGCAUCUUUACUAUGAAACCUGUAUAUGUACAGUGAAUCAAUGCUAUUUAUAAGACUGGAGGUGACUGGAAGGGUUUGUGGGAUGACUGCAUCAUGUGCCUAACUGUUGUAAUCAACAGAUCUGAAGUUUGUAGUGAGGCUCUGAAAGCAAAUACUUGUUGAACAUUUACUCACUUUGUGAAAUUCAUAUUCAUAAUCCUUUCUAAGUUGCUUGGUUGCAAGCUGAAUAAUAAAAGUAGAGUUUUUCUAAAUGCUGA